CCCAGCUCAUUGGCGCGGCUGCCCCUCCAGGACCCGCACAUUGUUCCCCGCCCCCGCCUCGGCCACCGCCGCCACGGUCGCCGCCGCCACCGGGCUAUAAAAACCGGCCGAGCCCCGAAAGGUGCGGAUGCUUAUUAUAGACCAACGCGACCUCAGCACCCGGAGUCCGGUUCUCCGCUGCGGCUUUGGGGAACGAACUCCUCUCAUUGCAUCCACAGAGGCGUGCGUAAAGCUCCGAGGGCCGAGGGAGGGAGGGCAGACCCUGCGAAAGCUGCGACUACCUUUCGGGGCCAUGGACUCGGACGCCAGCCUGGUGUCCAGUCGCCCGUCGUCGCCAGAGCCCGAUGACCUUUUUCUGCCGGCCCGGAGCAAAGGCAGCGGAGGCAGCGGCUUCACGGGCGGCACAGUGUCCUCGUCUACGCCGAGCGACUGCCCGCCGGAGCUGAGCGCAGAGCUGCGCGGCGCUAUGGGCGCGGCGGGCGCGCAUCCCGGGGACAAGCUGGGCGGCGGCGGCUUCAAGUCAUCUUCGUCCAGCACUUCGUCGUCCACUUCCUCAGCGGCCGCGUCGUCCACCAAGAAGGACAAAAAGCAGAUGACAGAGCCCGAGCUGCAGCAGCUACGCCUCAAGAUCAACAGCCGCGAGCGCAAGCGCAUGCACGACCUCAACAUCGCCAUGGACGGGCUGCGCGAGGUCAUGCCUUACGCGCACGGCCCGUCGGUGCGCAAGCUCUCCAAGAUCGCCACGCUGCUGCUGGCGCGCAACUACAUCCUCAUGCUCACCAACUCGCUGGAGGAGAUGAAGCGACUGGUGAGCGAGAUCUACGGCGGCCACCACGCCGGCUUCCACCCGUCCGCCUGCGGUGGCCUGGCGCACUCGGCGCCCCUGCCCGCCGCCACGGCGCAUCCCGCGGCCGCCGCGCACGCUGCACACCACCCCGCGGUUCACCACCCCAUCCUGCCUCCCGCCGCGGCCGCCGCCGCCGCCGCCGCCGCCGCGGCCGCCGUGUCCAGUGCCUCCCUGCCUGGCUCCGGCCUGUCGUCGGUCGGCUCCAUCCGGCCCCCGCACGGCCUGCUCAAGUCCCCGGCGGCGGCUGCGGCGGCCCCGCUGGGGGGCGGGGGCGGCGGCAGCGGGGGCAGCGGCGGCUUCCAGCACUGGGGCGGCAUGCCCUGUCCCUGCAGCAUGUGCCAGGUGCCGCCGCCGCAUCACCACGUGUCGGCCAUGGGCGCCGGCAGCCUGCCGCGCCUCACCUCCGACGCCAAGUGAGCGGGCCGGCGCCGGCGCGAUCUGGCGAGCGGAGGGACCCGGAGGCUGCGGGCAAGCAAGGACUGGCGGGCGCCGGGGGCCCGGGAGCUCAGCUCGGAGGAGCGCGGGACCUUGGGCUGGGGCUGGGGGUGGGGGUAGGGGCAAUGGGGUGGACACCCGCGCUGGGGAACCGGAGCAGCGUGGUGGGGAGGGGGGCGCACCGAACAGUGGGGAGUGAGAGGGGCGUCCUUUCUGGGACCUGGCUCAGCCCCCCUCUCUGGCUUUAAGCAGCGCUGCUCCGACAGACAGCGUUUUAUAAGAAGGCACUGCGAGGUGCACCCGUCCCUCGACACCCCGACCCACCCACCCAUUCCCAAGGAAGUGUGGAUUCUUAAAACGGCGGUUUCCUCGCGAACAGGGCCUCAACCCGGCCCAGGCAGCACUUCGUUACACGGGGGAUCGCGGGGAGGGAGGUCGGCGUGGGCGCCGGCGGGUGGGGACUGGGGGGAAGCUGAGCUCCACCAGCGGCGGUCGGGCCUCGGCCUCCAGGGUCGUCGCUGGCCCAGGGCCAAGGGUUACGAGUGAGCUGGAAGCUGGCGUUCGGUACCAGAAGCACUUACGGUCGCGUCCAAUCUGGGUAAAGCCACACCGGUCCGAGAACUAUUGCCGGUCCUCCCUGUCACUCCUAUUGGUUUGGGGGUUUGUGGUUUUCUAAUAAAUCUGUCUCUGUUCCCUUUUCAACAGUGCGAGCAAGCUUUAUAGAAAGUCAGAAUAGAACCACUUGUGGAUUGGAAUAAUCUAAAACUGUCGACUCUGGGAGCGGGUUUUGUUUGUUUGUUUGUUUUUGGUUUUUGUUUUUUUUAGUUAUUUUAAAAUAGACUCCCUCCUUCCAGUUCUUUCCGUCACUAAGCACAAAGUGAUUUGGUUUAUUACCCGAGGGGCGGCAGUCAUUCUGAUACCUGAGGGUUUGACAGAACUCAAAGGCAUGUGCUGUGAAUACAGUCUGGGUUCUUUGGGACUUAUGUUGGCUUGUGUAAUUUUUUUCUUUCUUGGGUGUGUAAAUAUAGGAUCAAUAAUGAGGUAAGUGCGUGCUGCUAAACUGUGUGCUCACGUGACUGCCAGCCCCUCCGGAGUCAAAGCCCGGCUCCCCCUCUAUUGUUUUUUUCUUUGUUUGUUUCUGGGUUUUGUAUUGUUUUGUUUUGUUUUGUUUUUUGCCACCUUUAACACAAAAGACAAACUUUCCCACGUGCCUCCUGCGCCCUUGCAGACCGGCUGGGCGCGUCCAGCGUCGCAGCCUGGCCCUCACAGCGCCUGCAGCGUAACAUCCUUCCUCUGACCGCUGUCCCUUGCAGAGAGUGUAUCAUCUGUUUUAUUUUUGUAAAAAGAAAAAAAAAAGUGCUAAAUAAUAUUUAUUACUUGUUUGGUUGCAAAAAAUAAAUGAUCGAGUGUUGCG